AACAAUAAACAGCUCAAUGACAUUCCUCCUAAUGUAUGUGUGGAUCUAUUUGGCAGUUGAUAGAUUUCUGCGGUAGAGCUCUCUCUCUCUCUCUCUCUCUCUCUCUCUCUCUCUCUCUCUUAUUUAGACGCCAUCAUUGGACGCUUUUGUGAGUCGGUGGAGGAUUUCUUCGGUAGAGCUGAAAUUUUCAGUGAUGAUCGGGAAGAAGCUGAGUGGUUAUCUAUGUCUCUUUCUGAUCUUAGAGCGCUUGCAAAUAAAAUAAUGUCUCUUCGGGCAAAGGGGCUUCUACAUUUGGUCCCUGUAGAUUCUUUUGUUAGAUUGUUAAGGAUUUUAGAUCAUCAGAUACAUCGAGCUGAAGGCUUGUCUAUAAGUGAAUGUGAGCAGUCAAAUUCAGAUGUGGUUUCAUCAAUAAAUUGUGCACUAGAGUCCAUUCAUGCAGCUUUAGCAGUAAUGGCUCAUAACCAGAUGCCAAAACAACUAUAUAAAGAAGAGAUCAUUGAAAGAAUUCUGGAGUUUUCCAGGCAUCAGAUAAUGGAUGUUAUGUGUGCUUAUGAUCCAUCAUAUUGUGCUUUGCAUAGGCCAACUCAAAAUGGAUCCCUUGAAGUUGGGGAAGAUGAAGCCCCUAAUGCUGAAAUUGGUUCAGCAAGCAAGAAACGAAGCAGUAUCAAGACCGUUAAAGUGCAUAAACCGUCAUUUAACAGGGUCUCUGCUGCUGUGAAUAAUAUUCUUCAGAAAAUGUGCACCAUUCUUGGUUUAGUCAAGGAUUUGUUGUUAAUAGAAAGGUUGUCAGAUGGUUGCAUCUUACAACUAGUGAAAACAAGCUUUACAACAUUCAUGGUGGAUGAUAUCCAGCUCUUGCAACUGAAGGCAAUGGGUUUAAUCAGUGGGGUUCUUUGUGUCUUGUUACUCCAGAAUGCCGGGCUGAAAUCUAAAGACAUAGGUGUACGUACCAUGGCGAUUGACCUUCUUGGCACAAUUGCUGCGAGGUUGAAGCGUGAUUCUGCCUUUUGCAGUAAGGACAAAUUUUGAAUACUACAGGAGUUGGUUAGUGUGGAUGGGGAUGAUCAGACUGAUCCAAAAAAUGCAAGGUUGUUAGAGAAUGUUUCAUGCUGAUUGCAUGGGAGUAGGAGAA